AUGCCUACCAGCCACGGCUGUUCCCCCAGGGAGCCGCAGUACCACUGUCUGAACUUUGUCACUGUUCAGGCCCAAAACAUUUGGAGGAUCUGCAGCGACCAGGCUGCAGGGGCAACACGUGAGCUACGUAAUACUGGGGGAGAGAAGAUUACGGAGUUGGCCUUGGAGUUUUGGAGGAAUAAAAAGAAAAGAGAAGACAUUAAACUGUCUGAUGUGGAAAGCCAUUUAUCAAAGCUUUCCUUCGACAUACAGGGUGGAUUUUGGCACUGUAGUCUGAUAGACAGAAAUCUGAUUGACGUCUUUGUACCGUUCCUUCCUUUGGAAGAGGAACACGUAAGGAUGUGUGUGAGGGCAGAGCUUCGUCAGCGUGACAGAACGAUAAAUGAAGAACUGGUCACUAAAAUCGCUGGAGAAAUGUCCUACUACCCUGAGAGGGAGAGGGUCUGCUCUGUGAAAGGCUGCAAAACAGUGGCCACAAAAAUCAGUCUGUUCCUUUAAUCCAGGACUUACAAAUGGACCAGCAAUAUUACAUUGGUGCUGUCCGACUCUCAGCACUCCCACGACCAGCUCUUUGAAGGGACCAUAGUGCUCGUUGUUGGUCUGUACUGCACAAUUCCAAUUCUCUACUUUUCGUAGUGGCGGUGUGCUAAUUUUUAACUCCUUGGUAAUUUUUGUUUUUUUAACCUCACUGCACUUUAUUAGCUAUAAGCUUUCUUUACAUACUUUUACGUCCAUUUUUUUAUUUGUAGAUUUUUAAGAUUUUUUUUUUGUGGUCCAUCUAAAUUAAAUGGGUUACUGGGACUUCAAUAUUGAUGGCCUAACCUCUAGAUAGGACAUCAAUAUCUAAAGGGUGGUGGUCCGACUCCCUGC